AGGGGGCGCCUUUCAGCUGAAAAACACCUCGGCUGCAGCAAGCUAGCUGGGAAGCUCCCAGUUCUAAAGAGAGGCUGUUUACCAGAAGAGCAUAACAGGGGCCGGCCAGUCUGACUGCAAGGAGACAAAACUGCUGCCAAGGAGGACCCCCCCCCCCCAUUUGGACACUGGCUGUUGAGUCACCUGCGAGCCGAAGAGACGAGGAUGCUGUUGGCUUGGGUACACACAUUUCUUCUCAGCAACAUGCUUCUGGCAGAAGCCUAUGGAUCUGGAGGCUGCUUCUGGGACAACGGCCACCUGUACCGGGAGGACCAGCCCUCGCCCGCGCCGGGUCUCCGCUGCCUCAACUGGUUGGCCGCGCAAGGCAGCCGCGAGUCGCUCACCGAGCCCAGCCCGGGCAACCACAACUACUGCCGGAACCCGGACCAGGACCCGCGCGGGCCCUGGUGCUACAUCAGCAGCGAGACCGGCGUCCCUGAAAAGCGGCCCUGCGAGGACGUGAGUUGCCCAGAGACCACUUCCCAAGCACCACCGCCAUCCUCUGCCAUGGAGCUGGAAGAGAAGUCUGGUGCACCAGGUGACAAAGAGGCACAGGUGUUCCCUCCUGCUAACGCCCUACCAGCCAGGAGUGAGGCAGCCGAGGUGCAGCCAGUGAUCGGGAUCAGUCAGCUUGUGAGGAUGAACUCCAAGGAAAAAAAAGACCUAGGAACUCUGGGCUACGUGCUGGGCAUUACUAUGAUGGUGAUCAUCCUCGCUAUUGGAGCUGGCAUUAUCGUGGGCUACACUUACAAGAGGGGGAAGGACUUGAAAGAGCAACAUGAGAAGAAAGCGUGUGAGAGGGAGAUGCAGCGAAUCACCUUGCCCCUGUCUGCCUUCACAAACCCCACCUGUGAGACCGUGGAUGAAAACACCAUCAUUGUGCACAGCAACCAGACUCCUGCUGACGUGCAGGAGGGCAGCACCCUCCUCACGGGCCAGGCUGGCACCCCUGGGGCCUGAGCCCCUUCAGUGGGCAGGUGCCCAUGUAAACACUGGUACAGGACAGGCCACCCUCCUGCAGUUGGGAGGAGCUACAUUUUGUGUUGUGGUUAAAACCUUAUCCCAUUUUUCUUUUGGGGGGAAUGUGACUCCUCAUGACACAAGAAGAUGCAGGUAGCAUUAUGGGUGAGGGUGAGGAGGCUGGGUAGGGUCCUAUCAACGCUCCUUUUCUAUCCCUUGGAGCAGAAUUUGCCUGCGGAGAGAGACUGGCACAGUAGCCACAGUGGUGCUGUGGCAAAUAAGGGCUUCCACAUUGCCUGGGCCAAGGAAAGACUGGGAGCUGGCUAAAGCUCUUCUGUCCUGUAUACUGAAGAAGGUGGCCUCAGUCUCUGCUUUUCCAUUCGUCAUCCAGGAACUUGAGUGGCAUAUACUGUUAUUCCUAGUUAAGGUCAAGCAUAAAAAAAACUAUAUAUAUAUAAAUGAAAGAAAUAUUUAGGAUGAAAGUCCCUUCUGACUUCUAAGAACCUGAAAUGAAUCUGCUUGCUGGCAGCGAUGUGCCUUGACAACUGUGGGAUAGGCCUGGGCCCGAGGGUCUCUUCCUAUCUCGUAAGGAAAGGGAAGAAUUGCACUAAACUUUCCACUUAGGUGAAGGACCCGCUUCUGCCUUCAGCCUCAUGCAGCAGACCAGAAUAUCCAGACUGUCUUUUGGGGGCUGGAUAGAGGAACCUCUCAAUUUUGCGCUGAUAAGAAAAUAGCCAAUUCAUGGGAAUUACACACUUGAGAGUGUGGUGACCCGCAGCUGAAAGGUGAGCUUGGAGACCAAGCCAGAAGGUUGGUAACAUGCUGGGGCUUGCGUUGUAGUCCUGCCGGGCUUGCAGGCCAGUUCCUUCCAUAGGGUUAAGAUUAACUGGUACAAAACAAUCACUGCACCACUGCGAAAGACCUGAAGGAGUUCCAGAAAGGGCAAAGCAGCUUCCCAGUGUCCUCCUGGCCUUGGCAGUGUCCCCAGCCAGGAGCCCUUCCACUCCCAACACUGGGAGCAGGCUUCACCAGGCUGCUCUCAUAAGCCAUUUGUUGAGGGGGCCUGGAUCUCAGGGUUCCCAUGGUGGUGGUGACUGUGGGAAGAGAGCAGUACUACUUCCUACUUUCCUAUGAAAGUAUUUCUCUGUAUGUUUUAUAUACCUCAUUCUGACACCUGUGUAUGAACUAUGGCAAUUUGUUUUGCUUUUGACUUAUAUAAACACAAGACAUGGUUUUACCUUGCA